CCCGAGUAAGGUCGAGGCACCAACAAGAUCAUAUAUUCCCGCCGCCGCCAUUACUCUAUCAUCUUCCCCAAAAUGCCCUACUCGUCUGUCGUCUCUGCAGUGUAGCUUAUCGCCGACCAUUCUUCACCCAAUUCAACUCUGCGAAACUACACAACCCUGAGAGUUCAACAACAUACGCAUAUUUUUGCACUGAAUUGAACAAUGGCGUCUUUAUCGUCGUUUCUCCCACCACUGUCUCUGGCGCAGACUUCUGCACUGCCAGUACCUCCGCUAGUUGUCUCUCUUCCCACUCUCCACUUCUCGCCGUUGGCUUCCAUGUCCACCCGGAAGCCGAAGGCACCCACGUCCAAUCGCUCUUCGAAACCCACCAAGACUCCGUCUCCAGCUCCAACACUGCCGCUAACAACAACAACAAUAGCGCCCAAUUCCCUGCCUCCCAAGAAGGUUCUUGUUCCAAUUGGGUUUGGGACGGAAGAAAUGGAGGCCGUGAUAUUGGUUGGUGUUCUGCGCCGAGCCGGUGCGGAUGUGACAGUGGCGUCGGUCGAGCCGCAGCAGGAAAUCGAAGCUUCUGGUGGUACGAGGCUGGUUGCCGACACAUCAAUAUCCGCAUGUUCUGAUGAAAUAUUUGAUCUUGUUGCUUUGCCGGGUGGAAUGCCAGGUUCUGUCCGUUUGAGAGAUUGUGAGAUUCUCCGUAAAAUUACCAGCAAGCAAGCUGAGGAGAAAAGGUUGUACAGUGCUAUCUGUGCUGCUCCAGCAGUCACACUUCUUCCAUGGGGUCUUCUCAAGAGAAAGCAGACAACUUGUCACCCUGCAUUUAUGGACAAGCUUCCAACCUUCUGGGCAGUUAAGUCGACCAUUCAAGUUUCAGAGGAGCUAACAACAAGCCGUGGCCCUGGUACUUCAUUUGAAUUUGCUAUAACACUAGUGGAGCAGCUUUUUGGUGAGUCUGUUGCCAAGGAGGUUGGAGAUUUUCUGCUAAUGGAUACUGCUAAUGAGAAUCCCAGAAAGGAAGAGUUCAAUGGAGUUGAUUGGACUGUUAACCAUACACCUCGGGUGCUGAUCCCAGUUGCAAAUGGAUCUGAAGAAAUUGAAGUGGUAACCAUUGUUGAUAUUCUACGUCGAGCAAAGGCAGAUGUUGUGAUUGCUUCAGUUGAAAAGUCUCUGCAUAUUUUGGCAUCUCAAGGCACGAAAAUUGUUGCAGACAUGUUAAUUGGUAGUGCUGCUGAAUCAAUAUAUGACUUGAUCAUCCUACCGGGAGGAAUUGUGGGGGCUGAGCGGAUGCAGAAAUCAAAGGUUCUAAGGAAGCUGCUUAAAGAACAAGAAUCAGCUGGGAGAAUAUAUGGGGCAAUUUGUGCUUCACCUGCUGUCCUCCAUAAACAAGGUUUACUGAAGGGAAAGAGAGCCACGGCUCAUCCUUCUAUCAUAAGCAAGCUCAGUAAUGAAACAGUGGAUGGUGCUAGAGUAGUUAUUGAUGGCAAACUGAUCACAAGCAAGGGGCUUACCACGGCAAUGGAUUUUGCAUUGGCUAUUGUGAGCAAACUUUUUGGUCAUGCAAGGGCAAGGAGUGUAGCAGAAGGUCUAGUCUUUGAGUACCCCAGGAGCUAAGAAGAUGAUCCCAAGUAUCUGAUAAUAAUUGGCAGCAGCCUAGAAAAUGGAGCAUUUUCUCCUCCAACUCCAUCAGCCACUGGAAACAGUGACAUUUCUCACAUAGUUUUUAUAAGUAAAUACGAAGUUCCACUUAGUUCGCCGGCAAAUUCACUUAUAGAGAGAAUUCAUUCAAUGCUUGUGAAUGAGGGUUCAAUUGUCCUCUUUCUCAUUGGCAAUCGACAAUUUCAGGCAUCUCGGAACUUCUCCAGAUCUUACUCUGGACCGGUGCCAUCAAGCCUUCCUGCUUUCUCAGCCGUGCAUGCAAACAAAACGGACACUCAUACCACUAAUUUCAAGGAAGCAGGACUAGUUGCCUCUUUUUGUGUAUCGUUCCCCCUGGCAAGAGAGCACUGCAGAGUUCAUCCGUGUGAUGUCUGGUAAACAAGUUUUGACAUUCGGAGCGUCUUUCUGUAUUGUUACUUAUACCACUUAGGUAAUAGUACCCAUUAAUAGAUGUGCGAAACAUAUGUUUGUGCUUGGUAGCCAUUUGACACGAACCUCGUGUCUUACUAGCGGUUGUGCAAUUUCUAACAAUCCACAUCUUUGGACUCAGCUAUCUGAUCUUUUGCUGUACA